AUCUUUUUGCAUCCGCCGACGAUGUCAAGGUCUUUCGCGACGCCACCGCGUCGGAGCAUGAGCAGGACCUCUUCGCUCGCUAGCCCGACAAACGCCAUCGAUGAUGACACGGAUCCGUUCUCUCCCGAUUUCGAGCCGGCGUCGCUCAAGGUGGCCCAGCUCCGGUCCUUGCUUUUGCAGCACGGCGUCUCGUUGCCCUCUACGGCGCGCAAGCAAGCUCUCGUCGACGCAUACGAGGCACACAUCAGACCGAGAGCCUCGGAGCUACGCGCACAGAGAAAUCGGGAUCUCAACGCGAGGCCUGAUGGGCGAGGCGUGCUGCAUUAUGGCUCUCUGACACGCGUCAAGAGCCCUCUGAGCGGAGGCGAAGGCGACGAUCAGGCGGUUGACACGGGCAGUGAGAGCGAAGGCGCUGCCGGCGUGCCAAGAUCAGCUUUGUCCAGAAGAUCGACGCCUGGCUCCCGCCGCUCCGUUUCCUUUGCUGCCUCGGUCAGCGGCGGUAGCGAUGAUGAGCGCGACCCCGACAACUCCAAUUUCUCAGAACAGAAUCCUUUCCAGAGCGUAAAGGAGGAGAAGAGUGGGCGAGUUUCGUCGAGGGGUGCCGUGCGGCAAGAGAAGGCAAAGAAGUCUGCGCGACCGGCGGCAUCGUCAGAACGUAAAGCUGGGACAGGACAGAGUCGAAAGGGGAAGGUGGCGGCAAAGGAUGAGGACAACAGCGAGGUAACGAGCCUCUCAUCGCUCCGAAACUAUAUGGACCCUGUUAUUGCAGCAAGCACACCACCGCGUGUCGUGGGCGCUGUGAAGAGACAGGUCGAAAAAGGCAUCGCAAAGCUCAGCUCCAAUGAGCAAGAAGUUGAAGGAGAUACCGAGGAUGAGGCCGAAACCAAAAGCAUUACAAACGGAGAGGCCCGGCCAAGAAAAUUUCGAGCAGGUUCGAAACAGACUCAAGAGGAUCGGCUAUCUUCGAUUCGAAGUACGCUAUGGUUUGCUUUGCUCUCUGUCACGAUGGUCUGGUGGGCGUGGUACGUCCGAGAGAGCCGCGAAGUAGGAUUCUGUGACACAGGAUCCUCUUCGAACGUCUUUCUUGCCCAGAGGGUCGCUGUCGAAGCAAAGAGGGCGGCUCAGCGAAACAACGGCGAUGAAGACGUGGACCUGUCUUUCUCGGUGCCUCAAGCCUUGCGACCGACAUGCACCCCGUGCGCGCCUCAUGCAAUUUGCCGGAGCGGCAAGCUGGUCAGCUGCGAAUCGUCCGACUACGUGCUCUCCCACCCUUUUAUCAGCAAGAUACCCCUCGUCCAUCACAUUCUGCCGCUAUCGUCCUCUUCUCCGGUCUGCUUGCCCGACACGCAAAAGGUGCUUUUGGCUGCCGAGGUUGCCGAAGAGCUCGAGGUCCGCCUUCGACACUGGAAGGCCGAUGUUUUGUGCAAACGCGCAGACCCGCACCCAAAAGCAAAGUCUGUAUCCAAGGGGUCCGGUGGUGACACUCUCUUUGCUCUGCCGAGGAACGAGCUCGAGGACACGCUCAGGGACGAUGUCAAGCAGGGCGGUCUCUUGGCGGACCAAGCAGACGAAUACUUUGAUGAAUUGUGGAAGCUGGCCUUCGAAGACGUCACUACCAACGGACGGGUGAAUGUCAUCGGCGACGAGGGGCUGCUCAUUGCUGCCAAAGGUCCUCUGGGCGUCGGAGCAUCAUGCCAGGCCAAGCUGGCGGGCCAGUCGCUCUGGCGCCGGGCAAGAAUCUGGCUCGCACUGGUCACGAUCCUCGUCGGCGGCGUACAAUUCCUUCGAGCGCGCUUCGCAAAGACGCAGGACACGGCGAAAAAGGUGCAUGAGCUCGUCAAAGUCGCCAUCGAGGAGCUGCAGGCGCAGGCCAAGGCUGAGCCGCCCUUUCUCUCCAGCGCCCAGCUGCGCGACAGUGUUCUGCGGGAUGAGCACAACGUCGCCAAGCGCGAGCACCUCUGGAGAAGGGUGUCGAAGAUUGUAGAGGGAAACGCAAACGUCAGGACAAGGGAGGCAAAGGUCUCUGGAGAAUAUGCCAGGGUCUGGCAAUGGUUGUGAAGCAGGCGGAAAGAGAGCAAUGAUAGCAUUUAUUGUAAUCAACCCAAGAUGUAAACUGAUUCGUUUAUUUUGUGACCAAUGAAAUGGCACUUCACUUUGGCUC